GUUUUGUGAAAUUGCCAAGAUUUACGCUGGACACACAAAGCGGCAACUGCAGUGAUUCCGAGGAAGAUUACGUUUGGCAUAAUAACGACGAGCGUGCACAUCUCCUGCCCAAAGCAGGCCGAGCAUCGAGUAGUUUUGGCUUGCGGCCUAAGUUAAGGCAGCUGGCGUCUCAGCUGUUUGACCUAGAGGAGGUGCAGCAAAUCAAGCGUGGACUACGUCAAGUGAACUACCAGAAACUCGCCCAAGAGCUGAACAACAGUAAAUACCCCAAAGCGAUGUCGGCACCAACAACCUCUUCAGUGGGCGAUGCGGCCGCAGCGCUCUCUGGCAAUUUGCAGCUGCCGCCGCUGCGCACUCUGGAUGACUUUGUGCUGGGCUCGGCGCGCUUUCAGCUGCCCAAUCUGAAGGACUUUGACAAGUGGGGCAAUCGUGUGGUCAAGAACUUGCUGUACUAUCAAACCAACUAUUUUCUCGUCUUUCUGGCCAUCUAUGUGAUUAUGAUUGCCUUCAAUCCGACGAAAAUCAUAAGCGGCUUGCUGGUGCAAGCCCUGAUCAUUGCCAUCAUUUGGCAGUUCUUCAGCAGCAAGUCGAAAACGAAUUUCAUAGCCAGCCGGCUCACUGGCGGCAAUCAAAUCCUGGCCCAGCAGAAUGCCCAGCAAAAAUGGUACAUCCUGGCGGGUGCCUUGCUGGCCGGUUAUUUGUUUUUGCACAUGAUUAGCGCCGUGUUGUUGACCGCUUUUACCCUGCUGCUGCCCAUCUCGGUGACCUUUAUACAUGCCUCGCUGCGGCUGCGCAACAUCAAGAACAAGCUGGCAAAUACCAUUGAGAGCUUUGGACCAUCUACGCCCAUGGGCGCCUUUUUGGAUGCAUUGAACGUUCGCGCCGAUGGAGUAUUGAAUUGAAAAGACAGCAGCAGCUACAAGUUGCAGCUGGAGCUAAUGCUGAUUGUUGGCCAUGGUUGAGGAACGUCUACCCUUUAAUAGUUAUGCAUGCUGAUGCUUUAAAUCACUGUAUCCAUAUGUAUUGAUUCUUUUUUAUAAAAUUAAAUAUGAUUUCUUAU